AUGUCCAUACUUUUCAGUUCGAAGCCUCUUCUCCAAUCUCGUUCAACUUGGCAACAGCGAUAUCUACGUCAAGUGCUCGAUCUGUUAUCAGCACUCAUAAUUGCAACCAUUUCUUUUGGUUUGUAUACUUUAGACGACGUUUCAGCUGAACAACAUCAUGACACACAAACUGAGUCCAAUCGGAAUUCAACCACCCAGCAAACUCCUCCAUCAAUUCCAUCCCAAAGCCUGCCUUCCUGUCCAGAAUGGAUCCUUACACUUCCUCGUGUGCCUUUCAAAGAUCCCUCAGCUCUCAACAGCACUGCUCGAGAAUGUCCCUUCGACACCAUUUUUGUUCCCAUCUCGACUGGAAUAUUCCUAUUGAUGUAUUUGCUGCUCGUGGUUGCAUGUGCCUUUGGUUUGUUUUGGAAACGACAAAAUGCACAUAUCAAAGCACGAACCUCAGCUGGUAUGGUUUUUACCUUGGUCAAUAGUGUGUGUUUUGUACUUGGUUUGGCAAGUCGCUUCAUUGCUGGUAGAGAGGUUUAUCCUUGUUUACUGUAUAGUGUUUGCUUUUUUGUGAUACCAGCGAAUAUGACUGUCACAAGUGCCAUGCGAUUCUUGACACUGUAUAUUCAGUUCAAAGUGAAUUUAUUGAAAGCAAAUUAUUUUAAAGAGAUGGAAAAGGUUCAUGCCACUGUAUUUUGUAAAACGAGAGAAAGUGUGGUAAUUCCGAGUGGAACAUUGUCCACUCUUGGUGGCGAAUUCAAUGAAAAGCAAACCGUUUCAACUGGACAAUUGAAAGAUUCAAACAUUCUUGACAACACAAAUUCUCCAUUAUUAUUAACAACUCACAAGAUGAAAGAUCGAGAACGACUCUAUUUCAAGAUUCACUCGUUACUUUCGAGUCAUGGAAUCUGCACCUUCUUAUUGCUCCUAGUGGUCAUUGCUCAUGUCAAUCUAUGGUUUUGGGCAGGUGUGAUUGAAAACACAUUCUUUUCAGAACGUCCCAUCUUUAUGAAAGAAUCCAUGUUUAGCUUUAAAGGAUGUGCAGCGACGUUUGUGCCAUCCUUUAUGAGUUUGAGUCUUUUUUUUAUUUAUUUUGUUGUGGAAUGUAUUUGUGCCUUUAUUCUCAUCUUUAAAACGGAUAAGGAUACUUGGAACAUGAAGAAGGAAGCACUGUUAUUAAUUCCCAUUCAAUUCAUACUCACUGUAUGUUAUGUCACUUCUGAACAAGUGGUGUAUUUUGGUUAUUUGGAUCGUAUUGUUCCAAAAGGAUUGAUCAUUAUGACGUAUUCAGCCAUUGAACUAUUUAUUACAGUGUUUUUACCAGUGUGUUAUGCCAUUCACACUGAUCGAACGAAACCUGUGUGUACCUUUCAAAAUGAGUUGGAAAUGAUUCUGAACCAACAAGAGACGUUUGAAAUUUUACUGGAUUUCAGCAGGAAAAGUUAUUGUCCUGAAUCAGUGACGAUUUUCAGAGAAAUUGACAAGUAUAAGAAAUGCAAACACAAAAAGCAACUUGCUCUCUAUAUUGUUGAGACAUAUCUAAGUGAGGGAGGCGCUGAAGAGUUGAACUUACCGAAUGUUGUUGCCAUCCACGAAGAAAUUCUAUUCAAAAUUCACACCUGUGAUAUGUUACCUGACACGUUGUUUGACGAGGUGUAUCUGUUAUCCAUGCAAAAUCUGACAGAUAUUUAUAACAGAUUAAAGAAACAAAACCCCAAGAUCAAAGAGAUGGCUGAGCAAUGGAAAAAUCAAACAAUAACAACCCAAAUUCAGCCUUUUCAAAAUGAAUCUACCAAGGCAAUGUUGUUUUAUAGUUCCAGAUAA